AACGGCAACGCCGUAGAAUCGCACAUGUUCCUGUCGGGAUUCUGGCUGUGGCGCAUGCGUAUUCGUUUUUAAUGUACUGUUUGACCUCUCCUGUAAAAAAUCAACAUAAGUUUGAAAGGCCGGUACGAAAAUCGAGGAUGGACGGUGAUGGAACGAACAAAAAGAUACGAGCACGAGGUGGAAGCGGUUCAAGAGAAUUUAAAGAAGCAACCAAACGAGAUGCCUUAAAUCAUUUACAAAAAGAAUUGGAAAAUCUAGUGGCAACAGUUUCAGCAGAAAAGAAACAAGCUACGAUAACGGAGUUAAAUGGAUUCUCUACGUUAUUUAAACGGUUCCUCGAUGAACCGACGGCCACAAUUAAUUGGGAUAAAAUACAAAAACUACCAUCAACCGCCGUGCGCGAUUACGAAUCUUUAGAAAAACCUCAUGAAAACAAUGAUGUUAAAGCUAUGUUAGAAAAAUUGGUCGUCAUCAAAUUGAAUGGUGGUUUAGGAACAUCAAUGGGUUGUCACGGUCCCAAAUCGGUGAUAGCAGUUAGAAACGAUCUAACAUUUUUGGAUUUAACCGUUCAACAAAUGGAACAUCUCUACAAUAGCUAUCAAGUUAAAGUACCCUUGGUGUUGAUGAAUUCGUUUAACACCAACGAAGAUACGGGGAAUGUAAUUAGAAAAUAUCAAAAUCUUAAUGUUGAUAUACACACCUUUAAUCAAUCUUGUUAUCCGCGUAUAAAUCGAGAUACGUUAAUGCCUGUACCGAAAAAUUGUGAUGUCGAAGGAAAUCUUGAGGCUUGGUAUCCACCUGGUCACGGCGAUUUUUAUCAGAGCUUUUUUAAUUCGAAUUUAUUGAAGGAAUUUAUUAAACAGGGAAAAGAAUAUUGUUUUAUAUCAAAUAUUGAUAAUUUAGGAGCUACAAUUGAUUUAAAAAUUCUUAAUUUACUUCUACGUAAAGAUAAAGAGAAGAUUGAAUUUGUUAUGGAAGUUACUGAUAAAACUAGAGCUGAUGUUAAAGGAGGAACUUUAAUUCAAUAUGAAGAUAAAUUAAGUUUAUUAGAAAUUGCACAGGUUCCAAAGGAACAUGUAGAUGAUUUCAAAUCAGUAAAGACCUUCAAAUUUUUCAACACAAACAAUCUAUGGGCAAAAUUAGAUGCAAUUGAUAGAGUGGUCCAAGGAAAUAAAUUAAAUCUAGAAAUCAUUGCGAAUAAUAAAACUUUAGCUAAUGGUCUUAAUGUUAUUCAAUUAGAGACGGCUGUAGGAGCUGCUAUGAAAUGUUUUGAAGGUGGAAUUGGUAUAAAUGUGCCGAGAAGUCGUUUUUUGCCCGUCAAAAAAACUUCCGAUUUAAUGCUUGUUAUGAGUAAUCUUUAUACAUUGAAGAAUGGAUCUUUAAUGAUGUCUCCUCAAAGAAUGUUCCCGACGACUCCACUUAUUAAACUCGGUGAUAAUCAUUUCGCAAAAGUACGCGAAUUUUUAAAUAGAUUUGCUAACAUUCCUGAUUUAAUCGAGUUGGAUCAUUUAACUGUAUCUGGAGAUGUUACUUUUGGAAGAGGAGUUCAAUUAAAGGGAACUGUUAUAAUUAUAGCCAAUCAUGGAGAUCGCAUUGAUAUUCCAAGUGGUGCUAUAUUGGAAAAUAAAAUCGUUUCUGGUAAUAUGCGAAUAUUGGAUCAUUAAUGGUUUACAAUAUUAGUGUGGUUGAGUGCUGUUGUAAAUUGUAUAUGUUAUAUAAUUGAACAUAUUAACGCCACUAAAUGGUUCCUUCUUAAGAAAAACAUUGCAAAAGUGUAUUCAAUUAAUUGCUGUUUUAGCAAAUUCUGCUCUAAAUCUAAAUGUCUAUAUAUUUUUAUGUCAAUAAACUAUACUUAUAAAAAACGAUGUGAUGUAAUGAAAUUUUAUUUUUGAAAUAAAAAAUAUGUAAUUUACAGA